AUGAAGAAGAGAUUGAAGAAACAUGAAGGUGAGGUUAGUAGUGCUGAUGCUGAAGCUCAAGAGAAGUAUGAUAGGUUCAAUUCACCACAAACAUCAAUUCGGGAGUCUAUUGCUUCAAACACCACACAAUACAAGGCUUUGUAUAAACAGCGUUUGACAUGGACACUCAAGUGUGUGAGAUAUCUGUUGCACCAAGGCUUGGCAUUUAGAGGACAUGAUGAAAGUGAAGACUCACUAAACAAAGGAAAUUUUCUUGAGCUUCUAAAUUGGCUAGCAGGAAAUUUUGAAGAGGUUAACAGAGUUGUUCUCAAGAAUGCUCCACGGAACUGCAGGAUGAUUCACCAUGAUAUACAACAAGAGGUGAUAGAAUGUUGUGCAAAAGAGACUACUAAACUACUCAUUGAAGAACUUGAUGGUGGUCAUUUUUCAAUACUUGCAGAUGAGUCUAGUGAUGUGUAUCAGAAUGAGCAGUUGGCUGUUUGCUUGCGUUACAUUGAUAAGAAAGGAAGGGCGGUUGAAAGAUUCCUUGGUCUUGCUCAUGUUGAAGAUACUACCUCUUUGACACUGAAAACCGCAAUUCAGAAAAUUCUUAUGAAUUACAAUUUGACCUUUGCAAUGGUGCGUGGGCAAGGAUAUGAUGGAGCUAGUAACAUGAAAGGUAAUGCUAAUGGCCUGAAAAAACUAAUGGCAUAUUUGAUGAGGUAA